AUGGAUGAUUGGAUUGGUUCUGGGCUCAGCCUGGGGCUCAGUGGAGGAUUUGGCACGCUGGUGGGGCUGAUAUUCGCCGACUCAGACCCGCUCUUCGCCAAGGCCAAGGCAGCAAAAACCGCCCUCAAGCUCACCCUCAAAACUACGCCUCUGGUGUUGGGACCUCACCGAGAGACGGCCGAGAUUCUCGUGGCAGUUUCAGAUGGCGAUAUCGUUCUGCUAGAAGGAAUUCUUCGCAAACACCCCGAGAUCUCCAAUGCCAUCUAUCCUGAGGAAGGUGGACUUACACCGUUGAUCGCGGCGGUUGUGUUUGGCCAUACUGAGCUUAUCGAAAGAAUAUUGAAUGCGGGGGCAGACCCCGACCUUGCUGAUACCUUAGUGUUUUAUCUGCCAUUGAUGUGGGCUAUACACUUCGAUAACCUUGAUGCCGUGAAAAAACUUCUAGAGCACCAAGCCGACCCUCAUUUGACUCCGGAAGGCCAGAAUCUGAGUCCCGUUGAUCUUGUCAAACUUGAUAAGCCGGAAAUCUAUAAUUAUUUCCAAACACAUGGUCUUCUUAGACCCGUCUCCGGCGGCGCUGAUUAUUACCAAGAAGAUAAUAAUUUUAACGACAUCUCUUCUCGGUUGGCACAGACACAGUUAUCGCCAACAACGGUGGAAUACCCUUCCGAUGAAGAACUGGUUCCUGACGAGGAUCUGGAGGAAUACCUCGGCACGGAUCACACAUUGGUUGCAUUAAAAGAAUUUGACUAUGACAGUUUAGCUCGUGACGAAUAUAUCAAAUUCACCGAUCUGGACAUGCCACAGCUCUUAGACUACAUGUUCAACCUACGCACUAAGCAUACCAAAUUCCAGCACGACGCAAAGUAUCCUGCAGCAAUUCUUUUCCAACUUUUGCGGUACGCAGACCAAGGGGUCCAAUCGAAAGAGUUUACCGAGUUUAUAUUUCAUUGCUUCAUCACUCGGUUGAGCAGCGUGACCGACACCGAACUGGGAGUUUAUAAUAUGGCAACAUUCAUCGAGACCGGGGGCCACGAUAUUGUUUUGACCAGCUACUGGUUGGCGGUGAUCCAAUUUCUUCAUUUUUACUUGAUGAAGGGCCAUUUUUAUCCCAAAUACCCUAAGUUUCUUCAGGAACUCAUCAUGAUGACGCGGCUGUUGGUUGUGGUACUUCUGUUCCUGAUCAACCUGCGCUUAGACAAACUCGUCGACUCUUGCAUCUUGGACUUUACCCUGUUGGUGGACGUAAAGGAGGUGAUGUACGCUCGUGACUGGAACUUCUACCGUCAGAAAAAGAAGCAUCCGAACCUGUUUGACGACAUUGUACAAAUGUUGUACCCGCCCCUGAUCACGGAGUUAAUGAAGCCGCUGCCAUUACGUUAUUUGCAAGUGUUGGGUGCCCUUGAUUACGUUCUUCGCAUUCAUAACAUUGAUAACAUAGUUCGAAUGAUGGCUUUCUCUCAGGUCUUCUACUACUCGAAUGCCACCAUCUUCAACAAAAUCAUGUCGCUGUCGAAGUACUGUACUCGAACUAAAGCUGUACAGAUUCGACUUAAUCUUUCAGCGAUUGAGGAUUGGUUGCGUACGCAUCUGUUCAAAGCUGAGAAAAAUCGCAUUGGUGGGAUUGAAGCUUUGAUUGAUGGAACUCACCACACUAUAAACUCAUUGCUCAAGCCUGAGGAGGGCGAUGCAGAACACCCUGGAAUGGACCCUCACUACUUAGACUUUUAUUACAACCUGUUGUACAAGGUGGGCAAAAUCCAAUUCAACCCGUUGAUCGAACUAUUACAAUGGCUCCAGGUUAUGCUGUCAUGUACUGAUCAGGAGUUCUUGAUUACAACCCUUAACCAAUUUGAUGACCUCAAUUACUACCAAUAUUAUAAGGUGAUGAACAAACUUUAUAAGUAUGAGGUGGAUGAACCCAAGUUGCCGAAGAAGCUUCGCGAAUACGUCAAGCAGUUAUCAGUUCAACAGGGUCCGGCGCAAGUGGAGGCAUCUCACAUGCACUACAUGACUCAAACAACUUUCUUAACCAAGGAGGAAUACAUCUAUCUCAAUCCUAACUGGAUUUUUGAUGUGGCAUUACCGAACCUAGCAGAGAUGAUAAACCGGUUUGGCCUGGGUAUUGGUGGCGUGAGAGUUCUUCGUGGUAAAAAGUACCAACCUCUGUUGCCCAUGGUAUUGAUGGACGACGUCGAUGAAAUCAUUCAAGAAAAUGCUUCGGCUAGAGCCUACGAAGUGGACGAUGGAAAUGCUGUAGAGGUGGAAGAUGAAGAUGAAGAUGACGAUUACGAUAAAGAUGGUGAAGAGGCAAGAGACGAGGCCGAACGCGAUGAUGACAGUACUAACAGCGAAAAGCUCGAUACUGAAAAUGGCAGCGACAAUACGUACCACGGGGACGAAAUUUUCAAGAACGUUCAAAUGCCAGAUUCUCUUAUUCAUCGGACAUGGACAUCCAAUCUAGCCAGUGAGUUCGAAGAAAACCCCUGGUAG